AUGUUAAGUGCCUGUACAACGAGCGUCGAUUUGAACUUAGAUGUACCAAGAUUGAAAGCAUUGUUUUAUUCAACUGGUAAAAGUAUCUUAAGUGGUAGUUGUGAUGUGGCUAAUAUCAAAAGCAAUGGUGUAAGUGAUGUUAUUGCAUCGGAUCUCGUUGCAAAAGUGGUUAAUGUUGCUACAAGUGGUAUAGGAACCGUAAAAGUGCUUUGUGUAGAUGAAUGUAAUAUUCGAGCUGAUAGUAUUAGUACCGUCUAUUACAGAGGACCAAUAAAACGAGAACAAACAAAUGGAUUAGCCAAAAUAAAACAAUGGUAA